UGGAACUCGAUUUCAAAAUGUUUUUAAGUCAAUCCCAGUGGAAGAAACGGUUGAUUUACUGAUGCCAACUCAUGUCAGUAAGAAAUCAAGGUUUGAGGUGGGUUCGGGGUAUGUGCACGACACCUGGCACGGUUACAUCAACCUUCUGCUUCAUAUAUAUGUGUCUGUGUAUACAGUAAAGUGCCAGCUUUACCUUCUUUCCUCUGGUCUACUGUUGCUACAUGCAAAGUUUCAUUGCUCUGAGGUGGAUACAUCUCCCCAGCAUCUCCCUGUAGCCUCCCAGUGAUUAUUGAACAAGACUGAACGUUGUAUCCAGUUCCACUGAAUUCAGCAUCGAUGAUCUGUAGGGGUUCUGACUUCCAGGUUUUAAUUUGGUAUUUUGCUCAUACACACAUUUGGUGGAAAUUGCAUAAAAGCAGGUCCUAUUCUAUCAUACUCUUAAAACCUCAGAAGUUUUAUAUUUAUAAUACAAUGCAAUAGCCUAAAAAAAGGUAAUGCCUUUUACAUAUUUUUACACACACAAAAAAAAAAAAUAACCCUGAAAAUGUUUUUCAGAAAGUAUCGUUGAUUUUUAUAAUCGAUACAUGGCAUUAAUGAAAGGAUGAGUUUUAUUGACUAGGUGUUUUAACUCUGAUUUUGAAUUUGGAGCUAAAAAUUAAGGGCAAGCCUAAAAUCAGAAUCCAUACAUCUCUGCCAUCAGGUGGAAUAAUCAAACCCCAUUCACAAAGAGCAGCAUAGGAGCCAGUGCUUUUAUUAGCGUCACUCGGGCAAGGCCAGAGUCUGAUGGCAUGGGGUGUCCAAUUUCCUUGUGUCAGCCCCUCAGUCUGUGCGUCUGUGUCGGCUGUUUUUACCCCUGCAUUCACCAACUCGCUCGCACACAACCAGCUCUCUUCUUGGGCACACAAACACCCAUGACAACCAAGCCGACAAGCUUUCGGAGGCUUUGAACAGAAAAAUAUAUUAAAUACGUAGGCUGGGCGUACACCUCCUGUUUUGGGUGUGGUGUAAAAAAAAAAGACAAAAAAAACAUCAACCUUACCAAACCUUUGGAAAUCUCACACAGAACUCAACCUGAAGGACCAAAGCGGAUAUCAAAGAAUGACGGAGAAAGAGCCGCUGGACCCUCAUGCCCCUCCCCCUGGAGAAGCCAACGAUACGACAGUCUUCUUCGUGUAUGAGGAGGAGUACGAAGAUGAGGAUGAGGAGGAUGAUAAGGACCAACCCCCUGCUGAGCCAGUCAAACUAGUCAACAACAAACCUCACAAGUUCAAGGAUCAUUACCUAAAGAAACCCAAGUUCUGUGACGUGUGUGCGAGAAUGAUUGUGUUAAAUAACAAGUUUGGUCUGCGAUGUAAAAACUGCAAAACAAAUAUUCACCAUCACUGCCAGUCAUUCGUGGAGAUGCAGGAGUGCUUUGGAAAGAUUCCUCCAGGUUUCCGACGAGCCUACAGCUCUCCCCUGUACAGCAACCAGCAGAACGCCUGUGUCGCAGAGCUGCUGCCUUUCUCUCAGUCUAACAGGUCAGACCCUGUCUUCGAGACGCUCAGAGUGGGAGUCAUAAUGGCGAACAAGGAAAGGAAAAAAGAUUCAGACGACAAGAAAAAUAUGAUGAUGGCGAUGAUGGAGGAGGAAGAGGCCGUACCCAAGCCCGAGGAAGGGAAGGCAGAGGGAGGUAACCCUGAGGCAGACAAAAAAGGAGAGAAAGCACCAACAGAUGACAAGAGCAAGAAAGUUCAUCCUGGUGCGUUCACGCAGUCUCAUUAUUACCUGGCUCUCUAUCGGUUCAAGGCUGUGGAGAAAGAUGACUUGGACUUUCAAGCGGGGGACAGAAUUACAGUCAUUGACGACUCCAACGAGGAAUGGUGGAGGGGUAAGAUUGGUGAGAAGUCUGGUUACCUCCCUGCAAACUAUAUCAUCCGAGUGAAAGCGAGCGAGCGCGUCUAUAAAGUGACCCGCUCAUUCGUGGGGAAUCGAGAGCUGGCUCAGAUCACUCUGAAGAAAGAUCAGAUUGUGGUCAAGAAAGGCGAGGAGCUCAACGGGUACAUGAAGGUGAGCACGGGGAGGAAACUGGGCUUCUUCCCUGCUGAUCUGCUGCAAGAAAUCUGAGGGGGUUCCACUGUGGAACCGGAACACAGCAGCUCGGACAGGCGAGCACCUACAGGGUCUGACGUGAACCCACGUGCACGCGGAAAACAAACACGGAGUCUCUUUGUGAAGCACAUUUCCUUCAUCAAAUCAUUUUAUUAAAAAAAAAAAAAAAAAAAAAAAACCCUCAUCAAAAAACAGAUUUCAAUUCGCUUCUUUAUAAUUAAAACAUUUCUCUUGUUUUUUGGGUUUUUAUUUUAUUUUAUUUUAAGUAAGAAUGCUGUUUUGUUUUUGGUGCGUACGGCUAAGUCAGGCCAGCUCCAUUAUUUAAACCCUACAGUUUUGCUUGAGUGGGUGUUAAGGGGUGUCUGUCUGCCUGUGUUGCAGUUUGUGUCGAGGGAGGACAGGGGGCGCUGUCUUGGCCUGUGUUGCAGUUUGUGUCGAGGGAGGACAGGGGGUGCUGUCUUAGCCUGUGGGCUCAAACCAAACAUGGGCUCGUGGGCCACAGGAGGCCAAGCUAUUCUAGGUCCAUGCUGAGGCUGGGGGUGUCAAAUUGCCACCUUGUUUAUUGCAUGGAUAAUUAGGAUAUUAGUGGAAUAACUGAUGUAAUGUAGUGGAGGCCAUGGGACACAGAGGCAAAUAUUUUUUAUCAUGAUAGAUGUUGACGUAAUCUAACGUAGUUAUUUUUUUAUUUUUGUUUUUUUUAAUAAGUUGGCAUCCCAGCCUAUUGGGUUGAAUUGAAGGUGCGAAUCACAAACCAUCUGGUUCAAAGACAAACGUCUUGCCAACUAAAGUUCUAUAGUCGAGAAGGAAGUAUGGGUCUAAUGUUGAUGUCAGUACUUUUUUUUAAAAAAAUAAUAAUUUAGUAGUCGACAGUUGAUUUUACCCCGUUCUAAGUCGGUUUAGAGAGAUUUCUGCAGCUGUAGAACAAGCAUAAAAAGGCUUGCUGGCUUUCAUAUUGGCUACCGUAGUACGCUUGCUGUACAAAGAUUGUAACCUGGUGUGCGUUUUUGUAUGAUGUUAUAAAGGCAAUUUUAAAUUGUUGUGGUUAUAUAUGUGUUAUUACUCAAGACUUCCUGUGGUUUAGAUAUUGGUGGAGUUUAAUUAGAGUAAGUAUUCAAAUGUUUUGAUUUCAUGUUUUACUAUUUUAUGAGUAUUUAUUCUGAGUGGCGCUUGGUUCAGUUGCUCCACUAUUGAGCUAUUAUCAGGUUUCUCUAAAUCAAUCAAACUUAAUUGCUUAUAUAGCGCCUUUCGCGAUAAGUUGUCUCAAAGCGCUUUACAGAAUAACAAAAAUUCAUAACAUUCAAAACAAGUCAUAUAUGCCUUUAUCUGGCUUUGAGUUUGUCUGUGAUAGAUCUGAACCGCAUUCGAUUCAGAUCAUGUGACUCAUCUCGCCCCACCUGCUCUAGUUAUGUAAAGACAGCGAGAGUAGGUGAGGCUGACAGGGUUGAAAGGUCACAUUGUCACAUGAUUUGAAGGGAUUGAGGAAGGCUGCGAAGUCCUGGCAGUGAGGAUUCUCCAGAGAAGCUCACAGACAAAAAAAAAAAGGGCGAUUUGCUUCAAGUUUGCAGGAACAGAAUCGCCUGGAAUGAUUGCAAAUACAUACAAAAUUAAAGGAAAUGUUUUAAAAAAAAAAAAAAAAAAAAUCUAUUAAAAUGGCAUUUGAAGCUAAUUAUUAUUCAAGGAAAACUAAAAACACGUUUUAGAAUUAAAGCAUUUUUAGAUAUUUAAAUGGAGCUGGCCUCAUUUAGUUCUCUAGCACGCUUGCUAACCUUAAACGUAGAAUUUCCUAAAAGGAUUUACUCAAGCUAGUCGUUGAAUCAGACGCUGUUAUAUAAACGUGUUGAAAGGCAUUUGUUUACUGCAUUCAGUUAUCCAGGGUAGUGCUGAGAGUGCUGUUUUAUUCAAACACUUUUUAUGUUUGAUUUAUUUUCCACACCAGCCUGAUCCCGUGUGUGUUUGAAUGCUUGUUUACACACAGUACUGGAACUACACUUUUCAAAAUCGCACAGGAAUCAUUUGUUACAAUACAAGAGCCUAAUAAAAUGAGACAUUCUAACAUAAUGCUUUGUUAUUACUUCAGUAAGCAGCUUCCACAGAGUUUUAAAGGGGGGGGGGGAAUGCCAGUGGUUCAAAACUUAAACGCACUCAUGUUAAAAAGUUAUGUUUUUGUUAUCAUUUUUUUUUGCAGUAGCAGUUUUGCAAAAACAGCAGCGCUUGACAUUGUGUCUGUACCUGUAACUACACUGUAAAUGAUACAGCCGCAUGAGGAAUUACUGUGUUAUUACAGUACAGGAAGAGAGGCAAUGUAAAGGCACUAGUUAUUACAAAUUGUCUUGACGUUUUCUUUUUUCUUUUUUCUUUCUGAUUUUUCAUUUUUAAGACCAGAUUAUGUUUAUAUAUUUAUUGCAUUUAUAUAUCGCUUUUUAUACAAAAGUAGCGCAAAGCGCUGUACAGUGCGUAGACCAGGAUCAUUGAUGACCCCCCCAAACUCUUCAUUUCCAAGUUGAAGUUUUGAUGAGACUGCAAGGAUCAAGCACAUGCAAUCCCACAUUUCCUUGUAAUUGGUGCCGAGAUCCCACUAGCAGAACCACUGUUUUAUCUGAAUUCAACAUUAGAAAAUUCUGUGACUUCCAGUGUCUGGAUGUCUGUAAGAUUAUUUUCCUCAUUAGGAUACAAGGUGUAACUUUAUACUGUGGAACAAAUUAUAAUGUGCUACAGCAAUGCCUCCCAUUCACCCUAUAAUACCAUUACACAUGUCGUCUUAUUGUAUGGCAGAUCACAAAGUACCUAUAACUCCUGACUACAGCGAUGUAAAGGGGGGAUCACUAUAUAUGUACUUGAGACAACUUCCCAACGUUUCGGUGUGUUUAACACGCCUUUGUCAAGGGAGAGCGUGUUUGAUAACAAACAGUGGAGGUACGUAUAGACUUUGAUGUCAUGGUAACUCCGCCCACUUAUUUCUAAUUAAAUCUAUUCAUGUUUGUGAUGUGAAAAUUCACAAGCCCAGUUUAACCCCCUCAGUGGGCAUUAGUCUGUACCUCCACACAAUUGUGAAUCCACUAAUUGACUACUAAUGAAAUCGCCUGUGUCUCCCGAUGCCAGUGCAGUAGGGACACUAGAGUCUCGACACUGAAGACACUCCAAGCUUCUACCUCCUGUCACCUUCCAUUGCUUGAAACUUGUCUUGCAUGAAUAGCAGGAUAAGUUUCAUUAGCACAGUGUGUCCUUCAACCCCAAUGGAACAUGGAAGUGUGAAAUUUGGGUCGAAUGCAUUUUGGAGCCUCUCUGCUGUAGUUUUCAAACUGAACUGCCUUUUCCCUGAACUCAAACACACUUCUUAUGUUGUUUUUCAAAGUGCCUUAAUAAACUAAUUUUGUUUGUAAAAUGUAUUUCUUGUAGAGGAACUGUUCCUUUUGAGUUUUGUAGCGUUGUUCUACGUGUGAAAGAAAAUUGUUAGAAGACAGAUAAAGAAUAAAUUGCUUGGUUUUUUU